AUGUUUCUGUUUAUAGUAAUAGCCUCGAUUUGUGGAGUGGUUGGUGGCAAUUUAGACUUUGGCAAUGGCAUCUUUGAUGGUAAGUCGAAUGUCAAUAACAAUAUCAAUUUUUCUCAUAUUUUAUACGUUUAAAAGCACUUAAAAUUGAUUUUUUAAACUUGAAAGUUUUGUUUUUUAUCAGAAAUUUAAAAGAAUAAGCUUAUUUUUUAACCAUAUUUUACCAGAAACAACCUUUAGAUACCGUAUACGCUACGAAACACAAUAAUCAAAUAAGUUUGGAAGAGUUUUACGACAACAAUCAUUUACAUUUACCUCGACCAGACCUCUCUAAUCAACUCUAUAUUGAACUGAACAUGCAAGGAGUUCAAGAUAAGAAUGUUAGUAAUAAAGCAUUUUACAAAAAAGUGGCCAAGAACUUGAGGAUGGCCAACCCUUUAGUUAAUGUCAUCAAACUGAAUGGAGGUUACAAUGUCUGCUUUAAGAAUGGAGUAAGUUGGUGUGUUAUACCUUGUAAUUCCCUUUACUAUUACUUUAGACCUUAAUGUCUUAUAUAAAAGUUCAUUUACAGACAGCCAACUCCGUAGUGACAGAAUACAAAAAACUGAGGAAAACCUUUAAUUAUGUCAUUAAGUAUCUCAGAAGGCUUGAUGUUAAGAUUGAUAGCAUUGUGUUUUCCGUCAAUUUGAUCAAUGUAAGUUACAUAUUGUAGAUAAUGAACAGUGUAAUACAUUUAAUGUAAGACAAGUAAUUUUUUUAUUAUAGGCCAACAUAUCAGACACCGAACUUGAUGAAAUCCGAGAGCAAUACUUGGUACGGCGAUCUAACAAUGAUUUUGUUCAUAUUGAAAUACGAGGUGUUCCAAUUGUUUUUGUGUAAGUUCUAAUAAUAAUUUUAAAUCAAAAAAACUACUUUUUAACUGUUUUUUCGAUAAAGAAAUACAGUAGUAGAACCCCUGUAUGACAAAUUCCUCUAUGACGGAAAUCCCGUAUAACAAACAAAUUUCAAAUCCUCUGUUAUACAGGAGUUCCACUGUACAAGUUUAGAUAUUGCAAUAUGUAAAACAAGCUACAGUAUCACUCCCCAACAAGUUACAGUAUCUCUACUCCCCCAUAAAAUUUUUUACUUUUAGAGAUGAACUAGUAACUCAAAUUGAAUGUGAAGCUACAUCACGAUGGCCACAGAAGACGCGAAAGCCACCAGAGAUCAUUGACAACCUUCUCAAAUAA